AUUUAUAUUACAAUGACGAAAAUACUGGGGGCAAAAUUGAUGUGCUACGUAUACGAAAAAGCCUUCGUGAUCACUCAAAUCCAUUGGAGCUUCCAAAUGCAAAAUUCAUAAGUUAUUUUCGAUUAAAUAAAGAAGCAUUUUGUUUUUUACUGAAUGAGAUGAAGGAACAUUUCCACAAACGUGUGCGAGGAACGGCCAUACCUCCUAUAUUAAAAUUAUGCGCAACUCUGCGUUUCCUUGCUGACGGUGGUUAUCAAAAAUGCAGUGGAAAUGAUUUUAACAUUGGGUUGGCGCAACCUACGAUAUCUUUAGUAAUUAAAGAGGUUCUAAAUAUAAUUGAACAACGUAUUUGUGCCCAAUGGAUUAAAAUUCAAAUGACUGAGGAGGAGCAAAGCGAUUCAAAAGUUUCAUUUUAUUCAAAAAGUGCUUUCCCGGGAGUAGUUGGUUGCAUCGACGGGACUCAUGUUCGCAUAAUUUCACCAAGAAAAGAAGUGCAACAUCUUUAUCUUAACAGAAAGGGCUACUACAGUUUAAACGUGAUGAUUCUUUGUGAUUAUAAAAUGUCUAUUCGGUAUGUGGAUGCUAGGCAUGCAGGCGCAAAUCAUGACUCUUUUGUUUUCAAUGUUAGCGAUUUGAAAGUGCAUUUACAGAACAACAUACAGAAUAACACUUGGAUCUUGGGCGACGCUGGCUAUCCUCUGCACAAAUUUUUAAUGACGCCUUAUCGCUUGGCGGAAGCUUCUUCACCCCAAGCACGCUACAAUACAGUACACUCAAAGGCCCGGAAUAUUGUAGAGCGGACAAUUGGUGUACUCAAGAGUAGAUUUCGAUGUCUUUUAUCUGUACGAGGUUUACAUUACACUCCCGAAAAGGCUACGCAAAUUGUGAAUGCUUGUUGCGCAUUGCACAAUAUUUGCCAACACUUUCAAGUGGAAUCUCCGGAAGAAAUACCAUCUACUUCACAUACUACAAUGACCAAUGAUAUUUUGGACAUAGAAAGAGAAGAAGAGGAUACGGCUCGAAUAAUUCGCAAUAAUAUUAUGACUUCCCUCUAAAUAAUUAAAAUAUUAAAUUUCAUUUAUUAUUUCUAAUGUGCUAUUUAUUCAGGCAUAUAUUUAAAUUUUAUUUAAAUAAAUUCAUUAAAUAACAA